AAACCUCAUUUCAUAUAAAAAGUUUAUUGUUACAUAAUCCAAGAAGGAGAUACUAGUAAGCAUCAAUAUCAUCUUCAAAUUAAUGAAGCAUAAUUGCAGGGACCCAUGGGUACUCCCCUCGGAGGUUGACCACAACCAAACCCACUCAAUUAAGUCACCACAAGCAAUUGCCCGGCAAAUCUAAUGAUCCGAAGAAUCUAAUGCCAAGACAAAUUCUUAGGAUUAACUCCAAUUAUAAUUCUCUCUUAUCAACAACCCCAUCCACCCAUCCACACUCUGCCAGGUCUUUGUACUAAAUCCGCCGUACAGUGACGCGACGAGAUGCCAGGAUCCUUCCAUCCCUAACCGUAAUUACUUUCCUUCCCGUCUCUUUUUUACGACUCCCUUUCCUCCUCCUCCCGUCUCCUCCACCUCCCACCCAGAAAAAAAAAAGAAAAAAAAAGGAAGCUUUCUCAAGUACUUGUUUCCCAGUGGCUUCCCCCACUUAAAAGCUCUGCCGUCACCUCAACUCGAUGCUGGAGCGCGCCCCGAGUGUCGUCUUCCGCCAUUAAUUCUCUCUUUAAUUCUUCCCAUAUCCGUCUCUCUCUCCCUCUGGUCUUGAAAUGAUCCCAAAGGAGCGGCCUUUCACGAGAUCUGGGGGGCUAUGGCGGUGACGAUGCAAGGCAAGAGGGCGAACGGGAGCGGGCCGACGUCACCGGCGUCGUCGCCCAGGGCGGCGCGGCGGGGCGGUAGGAAGGAGUGGGGGGCGCCGCCGCUGGGGGCGGAGCGGCUGCUGUACGCGGCGUUGGCCGCGCUGCUCCGGCGGAGGGGGAUCCUGCUGCUGGCGCCGGUGCUGUAUGUGUCGGCCAUGUUGGUCUUCAUGGGGAGCUGGAAUCUUGAUGCCGUGCCGGUGCGUGUCGGGGUGGCUGUGCUCCGCCGCCGGCCGCUGCCGGGUGCGGUGUACAGGAGUCCCCAGGUGUUCGAGAGGCUGUGGCCCUUCAUGCAGGCCGAUGUGAACCACUCGAAUGCGUUGACGAGAGCAUGGCAUCAAAAGGCAAGCCAGAGAUGGAAGCCAUGUGUCAACAAAAGGUUAUCUCAUGCAGAGUUGCCACUUUCAAAUGGCUACCUCAUAAUUGAAGCAAAUGGUGGGCUAAAUCAGCAACGUCUAUCGAUAUGUGAUGCAGUUGCCGUGGCAGGUCUAUUGAAUGCCACGCUUGUCAUCCCAAUAUUUCAUUUGAACAGUGUUUGGCGUGAUUCCAGCAAGUUUGGGGAAAUCUUUGAUGAAGAUUAUUUUAUUGAGACACUCAAGAAUCAUGUAAGAGUGGUCAAAGAACUACCGCAAGAUAUACUGAAGCGCUUUGACUAUAAUAUAAGCAACAUUGUGAAUAUGAGAACUAAGGCUUUACAAUCCAAGACAUAUUAUUUGCAGAAGGUUCUUCCCAAAUUAUUAGAAUUGGGGGCUGUGCGUAUAGCACCUUUCUCUAAUAGAUUGGCACACUCAGUUCCAUCCAAUAUCCAGAGGCUGAGAUGUUUGACCAAUUAUGAAGCAUUACGGUUUUCUCAACCUAUAAGGGUUCUUGCUGACAUGUUUGAGCGGAUGGUGAAAAAUAGCUCCAUGAGUGAUGGGAAGUAUGUUUCUGUGCAUCUUCGGUUUGAAGAGGAUAUGGUAGCCUUUUCAUGCUGUACUUAUGAUGGUGGUGUGGAAGAGAAACAUGAAAUGGAUAUUGCCCGUGAAAGGAGUUGGAGGGGGAAGUUUAGAAGACCGGGUCGAAAGAUAAACCCAGAGGCUAAUCGAAUGGGUGGAAAAUGCCCUUUAACCCCAUUAGAGGUUGGAAUGAUGCUUCGAGGCAUGGGAUUUGACAAUACCACACCAGUUUAUGUUGCUUCUGGUCAAAUUUACAAUGCAGAAAGAUAUAUGGCUCCUCUCCAUCAGUUAUUUCCACUUUUAGAGACAAAGGAUAGUCUAGCCUCAGAUGAUGAACUUGCACCAUUUAAGGGUCACUCUUCUCGUUUGGCAGCACUGGAUUACACCUUGUGCGUUCACAGUGAAGUAUUUGUGACAACUCAAGGGGGUAAUUUUCCACACUUUUUGAUGGGGCACAGACGGUAUAUUUAUGAAGGCCAUUCAAAGACAAUAAAGCCUGACAAGAAGAGAUUGGUGUUGUCUUUUGACAACCCAAACAUAAGAUGGGAUAGAUUCAAGCAUAACAUGCAGGAAGUUCUUCAUCACAGUGACUCGAAGGGAGUCGGACUGAGGAAAUCCGAUGCAUCUCUGUACGCUUUACCCAUGCCUGACUGCAUGUGCCCGCAAUCAGAACCAUGAGUUUGUAGAUGGCAUACACUGGAAAUCAAUGGUAAAUUAUACUCCGUCAUAUAUAUCAAUAGAUGUGUAAGUAAUAUCGCUUUAGCAAUCAUUCAAUUGUUUUAGAAAUUCAUUCAAUUCUUGCUAGGUCGGUGAGAGAGAGAGAAUAAUUUGGUAGUCUAUGUACCAAUAGACGUACGCAGUGUAUGUGUAACAGAAACAACUUGUUAUAAGAUUUUUUGAAAUGCUAGCCCUUCUGCAUAACUUCAGGGCUUUAACUUAAUCAGUUUCUAUAUUGUUUCUUUUGUAAUUUGACAGUAUACCAACUUUAUAUUGCUGAAUUUAUUUUUGUGGACUGACAGUAAA